AUGGAUUUUCCAAUGGAAACUCAGUCGCCGCCGCAGCCUGAACCCUCCGCCGUCGUGAUGGAGGUGGAAGAGCUGCCGGAAAAUGAAGUGGAUGGUGAAAUGGAGGUUUUGACGGCGAGAGUGAAGUCGUUAAUGGAUAAAAUCACAGAAAAUACUGAUAACCCUAACCCCAUUUUAAUCAACGCUAUCUCCACUAUCCUUGAAUCUCUCGAAUCAAGAUACACGAACGAUCAAGGUCAAUCCUCAACAUUUACUAGCAUUCUCGGUAACGCUGGACGUAUUAUGGAACUUAUUAAGGAGAACGAUGCAUUUUUCCAGUUGAUAUCGUCAAAAAUUCUAACCGAUAGAAGAUAUUCUGUUUCGGCAAAGGCAGCCACCGCAAGGCUCGUUUUCAGCUGUUUGCCGAGUUGGUUGUAUCAGCUUGAAGACGACGUUCUAGAUAUAAUCGGAGGUUGGGUGAUGGAUGAGACGACACCCGAUACGUUGGAAUUAGAAACGUUGCGAACAUAUUCAAUCGGGGCUCUUUCAAGAGUUUUUACUCUAUGCUUGGUUUGCGACAGCGAACCAGCGGAACGUUUCUUAACGUCUGGACUGCCAGCUAAGUUAAUGCAAAUACUACGCAUUGAGGUUUUGUGCGCGGCAAGUAGCACAAGUGAAAAGAAGGCUAGUUUAUCGAAAGUCGGAAAUAAGGACAUCACCGAUUUGGUAAAGGAAUCCGCCAGAGCUGCCGAAGCUGAAGCGAGAGCUUCCAAGUCAUCCGAAGCAGACAUAAGUGCUGCUGGUGUUGCUGCUGCUGAAGUUGUUAAGAGCGCUGCUUUCGAGGAGUAUCGAAAGACGAAUGACGAAAACGUUGCAGCGUAUGCUGCUUAUAAGGUUGCAUCGGCGCUUAUAGAUGAUUUUAAUGCUGUUGCUCUCUCGAGGUAUUUAAAUUAUUUUGAAGGUGAUUGGGAUCAUUCAAACCCUGAAAUUGACGAAGAUGUCGGCAAUUUUUUCUUCGUGGACGCCGAUUCGCUUUCGAAGCUUAGGGAGAAAUUCUGUAUCCAGUCGCUUGUGUGUCUUUUGAUUCUGUGGAAGGAUGUCGACUUUCUAGACUCUCUCCUUCACGAGAAGGCGGUCGACGUGUGCCUGGCUCUAGUGCAGAAAUGUGUCGGGACAGACGAUGGAUCGAAUGAUUAUAAGCUCUUUUGGCAUGAUAUUUUGAAGCUCGUCUGCGAAUUGACCGAACACGAGAAGUUCAUGGUGUUGUUUUUGGAUAACGGUGGCCUCCAGAAAUUGCUGGCUGGUCCGAGAAUUCCUCGAUCGUUUCAUCGUUUGUCUUCCUUUUUAUGCACCGUUACUCGGGUUCAGAGUACGAUGAGAUGUCUCUGCGAUCUCCCUUCAAGCGUUAUCCGGCAGGUUGUUGAGUUGGUUUUUGAAAUUCUCGAGUCUGAACACGAAUACUACAUAGCAAGGGCAGAUGUUUCUUCAUUUCUAACGUCCGCUUUCAGCUAUAGAGCGGUACUCGACGCGUUCGACGCGCACGACGGUCUGGAGAAAUUGGUUAAUUAUUUGCAUUAUUCCGCUUCAGUAACAUCCGGCGCUUCGACACCACUCACCUAUCGACAGACACAGACUGCUCACGAGACUUGUGCCGCACUCCACCAAUAUAUCAGAACACAUCUGCUUCUGUUUGUGGAUUCUAUUCUAAGCGUCUCGAGUGGGGAACCGUAUAAGCCAAUUAACGCAAGCAACGAGGCGUUUGACUCUCUGUUUCGUCAAAUACGGAACGAUGAAAAAUUGGGUGCCACAUUUAUCUACUGCCGUUGGCCCUCUGCCUACAGAUUCAUAAGAUCAAAUGGUCAUAUCACUUUGCUUGAGUUGUGCCAGGCCUCGCAAUUAACACGUACUUUACAAGGUUCUCUUCAAUAUAUCAUCGAAAUAUUGCGUAUACUGACUUUGAUUCGGUGUAUUCGAAGUGAUAUCAUAGAUGCAACGUUAAGCAAUGGCCGAGCUGCUAUAGCUGUAGUUUUGGAUGUAAUAAAUACACCAGCUAAUUUUGGACCGGAGAUUGUGGAUCCAGCAUUGCAUAUGUUGGUAAAUCUGGUUUGCCCUCCUCCAUUCAUCCCGGAAGACGAUUUUAAAGAUCGGGCAAUAGCCGAUAUGGAAAAAGGUUGUUGUCUAGCAAGAGAAUCUAUCCGUGAAAAUAACGGAAUAAAGAUUCUCCUUCGUCUUCUCGAAAGUCGGAUAUUCACAUCCCAAGCCGAUCUUGUGCGUCGCCGUGUUCUCACAUGCCGAGUCCUUCUCGGUUUAGCCAAAGACAAUUCCAUUGCGCGUACAUUAUCGAAGCUUGAGUUGGCGAGAAAGUUAUUAGAAAUCAAUCGGGAUUUGGGAGGAAAGAGCUCCGGCGUUGAUGAGCAUAAUAAAUGGCAUGCAGAGCUUGACCAACUGACGAUUGAGCUAAUUGCGGUCACAACGAAUUCGGGGUGCGCAAGCACUGUAGCUGCCGAUGCUUUUACCCCACCUUUGAGGCGUAUUGAAAAAGCUGCCAUUGUCGAAGCAACUCCGAUUACUUAUAAUCCAAGGCAACUAAAAUUCUAG